UGACUGAUAUGAUAAGAAUGUGUGUGCCGGAUAUUGAUUCAACAGCAGUCAGUCAGCAGUGCGUUACCACGGUGAGCUCUCCUCCUGCCGUGGCCCAUUGAGAUCUAAGAGCGAACUCUCACAUCGAGAUCAUGGAGGCAAAAUCAUGUCCAGCGUGCAGAAACCCUUGGAAUCAUGAAGAUCAUCUUCCAGUGAUGUUGCCUGCUUGUGGACACAGCUUCUGCAAGAAUUGUCUUGUAAUGAUGCAUAAACAUGACAAGUGUAGUAGGUGCCCCACAUGCAGGAAGGAGUACAAAGAUAUAAAGCCUGAAGAUCUUCCAGCAAACUUUGCCUUACUGGACCUUAUUGACUCAAGUGCGCAGGAUGGACCUGGACCAAACCCCGGAUCUCCUGACGUACUGCCUAGUGGAUCUCCUAGUGAGCCUCCUAAACGUGAUUCUGGAAAGGGUAUACCUGUUUGUGCUGCUGGAGGAGCUGUUGGAGGACUAACUGCAGUGGCUGCAGUACCUGCUGGAGUGACAGCUGUUGGAUUUACUUCCUCAGGCAUUACUGCUGGUUCCUUGGCUGCAAAAAUGAUGUCUUUAUCUGCCAGGUUUUAUGGAGGAGGGGUUCCUGCACGUGGUGUGGUAGCUACACUCCAGUCAAUAGGGGCUGUUGGACUAGGUGUGACUGGAACUGCUAUUUUUGGUGUUAUUGGAGUAGCUGCAGGUGUACUGGCUGCCAAGGUGAUUCAUGAAACAUAUCGCAAAGAGGAAAAAGAUGAUGAACCUAGAAAAGGAAAUUAGAAAAAAACAUGCAAAACACUGCAAAUAUACACACACACACACACACACACGAGUAGUUUAAAGCAAAGUUUGACCAAUUGAGACUCAGAGAUGGGACCACAUGAGUGUAGCUUGCUUCCUGCAUAUCACAAUUAGGGAAAUACACACACACACAGGCACACACUUUGGGGAAAACAAUUGUAAUAAAUCACGGCUUAUUUUAAGAUAUUCAUUAUUUAUUUAAAAAUCUGUAAUAAAAUACCUUUUUAUUAUCUGUAAAUCUUUGUAAUAAGGCACAGCAUAUACUGCAAGAUAUUGAAGUAAUAGCAAGAAUAAAGAAGUAAUGAAGGUUUUUACUAAGUAGUAUUCAAAUUCAGUAAAUAUUGUGUAACAAACUUUUUCAUGCAAUUAUAACAAAAGGAUAAUAAAAUCUAGUAUAACAAUAUAAAAGUUUCAAUAUACUCCAACAUGUCAAAAUACUUACAAAAUUUCUAGGUUCUUUUCUAGUUUUCAUAAUUGAGCACCUUAUACUGACCUAAUGAAAGGCACAAAGUAUACCAAAGUGAAGCUGUCAAAGGCUUUCAACACUCACAAUUAAUGACUUUCAUAGAGAUUGUACGAGUAUUUCCCUAUGUAGUUUUAUGAGCCUAGUGAUGGUUUGACGAGACUUUUGCACUAUGAAUGUGAAUAACACUUUAA